AUUAUAGUGGUGAAAAUCUUUUCCUAAUAUAUUGGAUAUUAACAUUCAUUAUAUUAUAUGACUACAGUAAAAAUCCUGUCGACAGAUUUAAUCAAACAAAUCAUGAGAAAUAUUAUAAAUUACAAUAUAAAUUGCUAGAAAGUUAGAAGAUUUCCUAAAACUUUAACCUUUCCGAUAAGAAAGUUAUUCUUUUCUCCGUAAAUCGGUAAUGCUAUAUUUGAUAUUAAUUAUAUUCUGAGCGCGAAACGCAGCAUAAAAAUGAUUCGGUUUGAGAUUUUUCGGCAAUUAAUAAUGCAACCAGUAUACUGAAUAUUGCAUUCCAUAGCUCGAUACAUAUUUUGAAAUCAAUAAAAUUCUGCAAAAACCGCGCAAGUAUUUUAAUUAAAUUUGAACUGUACCUAGUACUGUACGUAGUACGAUAUUUAUAUCUAGCCGCAUGCACAGUAGUCAGCUUUAUCCAAAAUUUAUCCACCCGCUUUUCACGGGGGUAUUAAUUAUAAACGACAAUCUUGUCGCUAAAAAUUAGAAUUAAAUAUAUUGAUAAAAAGUGUUAAAAACAUAAUCUUCGAAAAGAACAAAUCCAUGAGAGUGGUGAAAAGAUGUUUAACAAUGCUAUCAGAUGGUGAAGAGUAUGGAUGUCGUGAUUGGUCCAUCACCCAAGCAACCAAUGGCUUAUGCAUAAUUAUUCAAUUGAGAUUCAUAACUCUGACACUGUAGAACUGCGUGUUCAUCGUGCGUGGCCCAUUCAUAUUUUAGGCUUGACCACAAUAUCGAGAAGAUAACGAAGAAAACACAGAAUUCCAAUACGACUGUCCUUGCGUUUGACGAAUCAUCGAAUAUUGUGAAUAAAUUACUCCUGUUUCCAACGAUAAAUGUAUGGAGAGAAGAGUUUUACGAGUGAUUGAUUCAAUUGAUUAAUUAUUUUUUCGCCUGUAAGUCCAUAAGAGUGAAACAGAUGAGGUUCGUCAUUUUCGGUUCACUGAUCGUAAUGGGGAUAUUGUGUCCCACAUUGGAGGGUGCUAAAGGCGGCGGUGGGAGAGGUCGAGGUGCUCGUGGAAGAGGCAGAAUUUACACUGGAAGGAUGCCCAUUUUUAUACCUAAUCGGAAUCCAGCGAGUAUGGGAUAUUAUGAAAAUAAAGAUGGAGCCAGAAUUGUUAAAGCUUCGCACUUUGAAUUGGAUUACAUGCUUGGAAGAAAAAUCACUUUUUUCUGCAUGGCUCAAGGAUUCCCAAGACCGGAGGUCACUUGGUUCAAGGAUGGAAUCGAACUCUACCACCACAAAUUUUUUCAGGUAUUUUUCACACGAUAAAUAAUGAGGGCCCUUACGGUGUUGUUUCUCGGAAUUUUAAUGAUCAAUUUUUUCGAAAUUUCGGCGAGAAGAGGCCGAACAAGGAGUCGGAGCAAAUCUAGAGUGCAAAUUGGAUUACCCAUCACCGGAAAAUACAGGGAUCCAGAAAGUGAUCAGUAUUAUAAUAAUAAUAAUGGCGCAAAAAUUCUACUGGCCUCACAUUUUGAUCUCGAAUAUGUCCUGGGACACAAAAUAGCUUUUCUCUGUGUUGCCAGAGGCUCGCCACGACCGCACAUCACCUGGUUUAAGGACGGAGCAGAGAUUUACAGCCACUUGUACCUUCAUGUUCACGAAUGGCAAGUGCGAAAUGAUACUGUCAAAUCCAAACUGGAGAUUGAUCCGGCAACUCAAAUGGACGCUGGAGUCUACGAGUGUACUGCUGACAACAUGUAUAGCAUUGACAGAAGAUCUUUCAAAACCGAUUUUUCUAUUGCUUUCGAUUAGUAGUCGUUUUUCUUUCAAUCGACCAUGACGCCUCAACUUUUCUACAUUUUGUUUCGAUUCACUUCGAAUUAUAUAGAAUAGCAGAAUAUUGUGCCUAAAUAAAAGCAUUACCUGAGAA